UAGUGGGUUUUCACUGAAAACAGCUGCCUACUGUGUCAGAAAACAAUGUUAUGAGAGCGGUGAGAGUGAACCCACUCAAUGAGGAAGUGUGUAAAAGUAGAGUGCUGCAGAGCAGGAUUCUGCAAUAACAGCAGAUAUGGGAUCAGGCAGGAGGAUGUGUGGGACUCAGCUCUGGCUGCUGGCCUCACUGGCUUUUUUCUCCUUAACUUCUCUGGCUGAUGGAUCUCCAAUGAAGGUGAUGUCUGCCCCCAACGUGUUGCGGAUAGGAACAGCAGAAAACAUCUUCGUGGAGUGUCAAGACUGCACCGAUGAAAAUGAUUUCAGAGUUGUAAUCAAUGUAUUGAAGUAUCCAAGCAAAUCCAAAAGGCUGGCAUCCACAUCUGUGAACCUUACCCGAGCAAAUCAUUUCCAGGACACUGGACAAAUUAAUAUCCCUGUGGGAGACUUCAAUAUGGAUCCCAACAUGAAGCAGUAUGUCUACCUGAGAGCUAUGUUCCCCGAUGUAGAACUGGAGAAAGUCGUCCUCGUGUCUUUCCAGUCCGGCUACAUCUUCAUCCAGACGGACAAGACCCUCUACACCCCAAACAGUAAAGUGCACUACAGGAUAUUUGCACUGACGCCCCACAUGGACCCAGUGGGGAGGGAUAAUGAAACCAGAACUGACGCUUCUAUUGCCAUUAACAUUCUGACUCCUGAAGGCAUCAUUUUACCUGUUGAUCCAGUCUCUCUGAAAUCAGGGCUCCACUCUGGGGAUUACCAACUUGGUGAAAUUGUCAGUACUGGACAGUGGAAAGUGGUGGCCAAGUUCCACAGCAAACCACAGCAGAGCUACUCCGCAGAGUUCGAGGUCAAAGAAUAUGUGCUGCCCAGUUUUGAGGUGAAACUGACACCUGUAAGCUCCUUCUUCUACGUGGACAGUCCAGAGCUCAUCGUCAACAUCAAAGCUACAUAUCUGUUUGGUGGACAGGUGGAUGGGUCAGCCUUCGGGAUAUUUGGGGUUGUGCAUGAGGGUCGGAAGAUGAGCUUUCCCAGCUCUCUUCAGAGAGUGGCGAUCGAGGGAGGUGAUGGAGAGGUCUUGCUGAAGAGCGAGCAAAUCACAAAGACCUUCGAAAACAUCCUCGACCUGGUGGGGAGUUCCAUAUUUGUAGCUGUCAGUGUGCUGACAGAGAGUGGUCAUGAAAUGGUGGAGGCGGAGUUGAGAAGUAUCCAGAUUGUCACCUCACCCUACACCAUCCACUUCAGGAAAACCCCCAAAUAUUUCAAACCAGGAAUGUCCUUUGAUGUUGUGAUUGAAGUUCUGAAACCUGACGGCAGUCCGGCACAAGGCGUUGUAGUGGUGAUGGAUGCAGACAGGGUGGAAGGCAUCACUGCCGCCAAUGGCUUGGCAAGGCUUUCCAUCAAUACAGUAAAAAAUCCUAAACCACUGACAAUCACAGCAAAGACCAAUGAUCCUCAUAUUUCACCUGAAAGGCAAGCAUCAACCAACAUGACAGCUCUCCCAUAUAGCACCAAAAGCAACAAUUACAUCCACAUAGGGGUGGAUGCGGCUGUAGUAACAUUAGGAGACAACCUGAAGAUCAAUCUCAACCUCAACAGGCAGGAAAAUGCACAAAAUGACAUCACAUACCUGAUCCUGAGCAGAGGUCAGCUGAUAAAAUAUGGUCGUUACAUGAUGAGAGGUCAAGUGCUGAUUUCCAUGACACUUCCCAUCACCAAAGACAUGCUGCCAUCAUUCCGCAUCUUAGCCUACUACCAUACAAAUGACAAUGAAGUGGUAUCAGACUCCGUUUGGGUGGAUGUCAAAGACUCCUGCAUGGGCUUGCUGAAGUUGGAACCAUCAAGACCUGCUCCGUCCUAUGAGCCUCGCAAGAUGUUUGGUCUUAAGGUCACUGGAGAUCCAGAAGCCACAGUGGGAUUGGUGGCAGUUGACAAAGGCGUCUACGUCCUUAAUAACAAGCACCGCCUCACCCAGAAGAAGGUGUGGGACACUGUAGAGAAAUAUGACACAGGCUGCACACCAGGUGGAGGGAAGGACAGUAUGAGUGUGUUCUACGAUGCUGGGCUAUUGUUUCAGUCCAACACGGCUUCUGGGACUCCCUACAGACAAGAAUUGAAAUGUCCGGCCCCCAACAGGAGGAGACGAGCCACUACUAUAAUGGAAGUUACAACCAGCUUAGUGAGUCAGUAUAGAGAUGAACUACAACGGGACUGUUGUUUGGAUGGCAUGAGGGAAAACCCCACUUCAUACAGCUGUGAGAUUCGCAGCGAGUACAUCUCAGACGGUGCAGCCUGUAUCGAGGCCUUCCUGCGCUGCUGCAAGGAGAUUGAAAGUCAGCGAGCUGAGAAGAAGGAGGAAAACCUCCAACUGGCUCGCAGUGAAGAAGAAGAUAACAGUUACAUGGACAGCAAUGAAAUUGUUUCACGCACCAAAUUCCCUGAAAGUUGGCUGUGGUCAGACAUCAAACUGCCUGCUUGCUCUCGACAAACACCCAACUGCGAGUCCACAUCAUCUGUGAAAAACGUUCCUUUGCAAGACUCAAUCACAACCUGGCAGUUCACUGGCAUUAGUCUGUCAAGAACCCAUGGUAUCUGUGUGGCUGAUCCAUUAGAGGUAAUUGUCCGGAAGGAAUUCUUCAUUGAUCUCAGACUGCCGUACUCUGCUGUCCGUGGAGAGCAGCUGGAAAUUAAGGCUAUCCUCCACAACUACAGCCCUGAUCCUGCCACUGUGCGUGUGGAUCUGAUUGAGGAGGAGCAUGUGUGUAGUGCAGCUUCUAAACGUGCAAGGUAUCGUCAGGAGGUCAAAGUCGGACCUGAAAAUAGCCGAUCUGUACCCUUUGUCAUAAUUCCCACAAGGGAGGGACAAUUCCGCAUUGAGGUCAAAGCAGCUGUUAAAGACUCGUCACUCAGUGAUGGAGUCAUGAAGAUGCUGCGGGUGGUGCCUGAAGGCUUACUGAUACAAUGGCCUCAGAUUGUAACCCUGGAUCCUGCAAAUAAAGGCGUAGAUGGUAAACAAGUGGAAAUUAUCAACAGUGGAAUUCCUAGGAAAGAUUUUCUUCCAAACACACCCACUAGCACACAGAUCUCUGUGAAAGGAAGACAGCAAGCAAGGCUGAAGAAUGCCAUCAGUGGGACACCACUGGGUACUCUGAUCUACCAGCCCUCAGGCUCUGGGGAGGAGAACAUAAUCCACAUGACCCUGUCUGUCAUUGCGACCACAUAUUUGGACAAGGCCAUCCUGUGGGAAUCUGUGGGCAUUGAUAGACGUAACGAAGCCCUCCAACACAUCAUUACCGGUUACCAUAAUCAGCUUGCCUACCGUAAAAAGGAUGGGUCUUUUGCUGUGUAUCCCAGUCACCAAAGCAGCACCUGGCUGACAGCUUACGUUGUGAAGGUGUUUUCCAUGGCCUACCAUCUGGUGGCAGUGGAAAGUGGAGUUAUCUGCGACGCUGUCAAGUUUCUGAUUUUCAAAGCACAGCAAAGUGAUGGCUUGUUUAGAGAAGUUGGAAGGGUGAACAACAGAGAGAUGGUUGGUGAUGUGUGCGGAACAGAUUCAGAUGCAUCCAUGACGGCCUUCUGUCUCAUCGCCAUGCAGGAGUCACGCACCAUAUGUGCUGACGCUUUUAAUCGUCUGCCAGGCAGUAUAGACAAAGCAGUGGCCUACCUGGAGAAGUGUCUGCCCAGCUUAAUCAACCCUUAUGCUAUUGCCAUGGCAUCAUACGCCCUGGCCAAUGAAAACAAAUUGAACCAGGAAAUUCUCUACAAGUUUGCUUCCCCAGGUUUCCUCAAAAAGUAUUUACAUACAUAUUCAGAAGCAGAGUCUACAGAGUUGUCCCACUGGCCUGUACCUAAGGGACGUGUUUACACACUAGAGGCCACAGCUUAUGCUCUUCUGGCUCUGGUCAAGGCCAAGGCUUUUAAAGAAGCUGGACCUAUUGUGAGAUGGUUCAACAAACAGCAGAGAGUGCGUGGAGGCUAUGGAUCAACUCAGGCUACCAUGAUAGUGUAUCAGGCUGUAGCAGAGUACUGGGCCUCUGCCAAAGAACCAGAGUAUGAUCUGAAUGUCGACAUCUUGUUGCCGGGCAGGGCAAAGCCUGAAAAGUACAACUUCAACACUGAGAACCACUAUGCCACGAGAACAUCUAAAAUCAACAAUAUAAACCAGAAUGUGAAAGUGACUGCUGAAGGAACAGGAGACGCAACAGUGACAAUGGUGUCGAUGUAUUAUGCUCGGCCCGUAGAGAAGGAGAGCGACUGUCAGAAGUUUAACCUGUCAGUGGAGCUCCGCCCAGAGAAAAUGGAUGAGGAUGAGAAGAUAUACAAGCUAAGAAUAGAAGUUUUGUAUAAGGACACGGAGCACGAUGCAACAAUGUCAGUCUUGGAUAUCGGCUUGUUAACUGGCUUCACCGUGAACACAAAAGACCUGAACUUAUUGUCUAAAGGACGUGCCCGCACCAUUGCAAAAUAUAAGAUGAAUACCGAGUCAGAAAGAGGCUCGGUGACCAUCUACCUGGACAAGGUUUCUCACACACGACCAGAGGAGAUCACUUUUAGGGUCCAUCAGAAGCUGAAAGUGGGCGUCCUACAACCAGCAGCUGUGUCUGUCUAUGAAUACCAUUAUCAUCAAUACAGUAACAAAACUCAUUGUGUGAAAUUCUACCAUCCACAGAGGAGGGCUGGACAGCUACUGAGGCUCUGUAGAAAUGAUGAAUGCACAUGUGCUGAAGAGAACUGCAGUAUGCAGAAGAAGGGUAAAAUCAGCAAUGAUGAACGCACAGCUAAGCCUUGUGAGACUGAAGUAAACAGCAAAAUAGAUUUUGUGUACAAAGUGAGUCUGGAAGAAUUUACAGACGGUUUGUCCACUGACAUUUACACAGUGCAGGUACUCGAAGUCAUCAAAGAAGGAAGUCUUGAUGUGGGUCCUCAGGGUAAACUGCGCACAUUCCUUAGUUAUCCACACUGCAGAGUGGCUUUAGAUUUGAGGAUAGGAAAAACCUACCUCAUCAUGGGAAUUUCCAAGGAUAUUUACACAGACGAACAGAGUCAAUCGCAUCAGUACGUGCUCGGUGCGAGAACCUGGAUCGAGUACUGGCCCACAGAAGCAGAGUGUCAGACUGAUGAAUACAAACCUACCUGUUCUGGCAUAAAGGGAAUGGUCGAGCAGUACAGACUCUUUGGAUGUCAGCAGUAAUGAAACUGAAGGCAAUAAAAUGUUAUCUUUAAGUUGUUUUUAUUUUGCAUUAUUUUCUAAGGGUUUAGACUACAGUCCAUAAAUUACAGUGUAAAUAUUUAGUACAUUUUGCUAUCAAUAAAAUACUUGAUACUGUACUGGGACCAACACUGAAAUUAUUGCGACUCCUUUAAGUAAAGAAUUCAGAAUAUCUUAAGAAAUAAAUGCAAAUUAACAAAUUUUUUAUAAUCAGAUUAUUUAAUAAAAUGACCAAAGUUACUGAACAUAAAAAAAAACUUGCUCUCAUAUGAAAUAAAAAAUACAGACAUAAAAUGUACCCUUGAUAAGGGACACUCCUUCGAAGACAACACCAUACAUAUUUUGGAUAGGGAGGACAGGUGGUUUGAAAGAGAAGCAAUCAACGUUAAAGUAGAGCAACCACUCCUCAGCAGAGGAGAACGUUGACAACACCGCUUAUCCCCCACCUGCAAUGCUAUCUCUUAAUCCUUUCCCAGGAGAUUUAACAACCGCUUUGGCCUCCUUUAAAAACUCCAAUGACUGUCAAAUGUUGAAUGUCAUAUUCAUACACUGAUCAGCUACAACAUUAAAAAGCAGUUACUGGCUUUAAUGCUGUGGCUGAUCAGUCAAGAUUUCUUUUAAUCAUUUCUUUUUGUUCCAAAAAAGGUCCUCAUUGUCCUGCCAAAGAAUUUCCGGAUUCUCUUCAGUCGGCUCUUCUUAACUUUGGCAGGUGGACACUUAUCUGGUGACCCGCCAAUGGCCGAUGUCUCUUGAGCUGGACCGGCUACACCUUGGCUAACAGCUGGUCCCUCUACAGCUGAGCCAGCAGCGUCUAUUCCUGCGGCAGCUUCUGCUCCAUCAGAUGAAUGAGGCAUGUUUUUUACGCUGUCACAGGAGCGAGGAACAGCUGCGUCAUUUAACUGAGGUGUGGCUGAAGGCUCUUCAUCAUUGGGCUCGUCCUCAGCCUCCCCAUUAGGAGAUAGCUCCUCAUCGAAGUUGUCCAUUGGUACGACCGCCAUUUUCUCUGAAGAAUUCUUGGCACUGAAUAAAACAUGACAAUAAAUGAAUGAUAACUCAAUCAGUAAACAAAUCUUUCCAACCCUACUGAAAUCAAAACACAGUAACUUACUACAAGCUGAUCUCUACUUCAUCCACCAGAUGGGCCAUUGUGACAAAGGGGUGAGUGAGAGCCUUCCCCGGAGUGAUCCUCUUCUCUGCGUCUGUAUUUAGAAGGCAUUUCAGGAGACUGACAAAUGCUCUUCGAUCCUCCACCUCAAUGUUUUCCUGCGUCUCCGAGUCAUGCUGUAUUUAAAACAAAGUGGGUGACAGUUCAGUUUAACUGCUUCCUGUCUCUCUGCCACAGAGCAAAUUGAGAUCAAUUCAUUCUUUAGUCAAGAAAUUGACCACUUACUCUUAUCAGGUCAUCCAGGCUUCUUAACCACAUGUGCCAUCUUUUGGGCUCGAUGCCAGUGCCAAGCCGGUAUUCCCUCGGGGUCUACAGGAACAAAACAUGCAUUUUGGAUACUUCCUCCUUAAUGUGUUAAACAUUUUAAAAGAGUUGUUGUCUAAUUCGGAGAUAAAACAAAGCUGAAAGACUGAACCAAGUUAAAAUACCUUCAUCCACCAUCUUGGGUUGUCCCAGUGCUGGUUCACCUUAAAAAAUUUGUGGGUGUGUUUCCCAGCACUGAGGAGGUGGUCAGCUGGCUGGCCCAGAAUGUCUACGAUGCGUCUAAUCUGAAGAGAGAAUAUUAAGAAUCACAUCAGCCGACACACUACAUCAAGUCCCCUUUUGGGUUUCGACAUGUGUCUUGGGCAGAAUGUUACAGUAGUUGCAAUCAAAUCUAGAUAUAUUUGGCUACUUACCAACUGGUACUCGCAGUGUGCCGCAAACAGCUUUUUUCCGAGGUACAGGAACCCUAGCACACAACCAAGACCCCACAUGUCUAUGGCCUCGGACACGGGUAGACCCAGGAUGACUUCAGGAGCCCUAUGUGUAGCAUACAAGAACCACAAGAGCUAUUAAGUACAUUGUCAAAUGCAGCAUGCGUACUGAAGAUUGACACAGCAUCCGCUGGAUCAUUUACAGCAUAAACACACAACUGCAAACGUGUUAAAUGAUGAGCUUUGCGGAUUGAAUUUACCUGUAACGCAGAGGCUGAAUUCUCUUCCCUUGUGUUUCUGAAGGACACGCCAAAAUCUAUAAGUUUUACUCGGAAGGGCUGAGCUGGGUGGUUUAUCAGCAUUAUAUUGUCUGGCUUCAGGUCCGAGUAAACGACACCAAAGCCCUUCAGAGCGUCAAAGGCCGUCAGCAACUGCAGAGACAGAGGACACAAUGUAGACAGUUAAAGAUACCAUUGACCACGGUGGAGGCUGUUACUUAAGCAUUUAACUUCUUUCUCAGCUGGCUUAGUAUAUUGCUAUUACUCGUUGAAAGAUUGAUCAAAUCAGCAUGGUAUCAGCAGUUCAUUUAAGAAACAAAACUUAGGCAAGAAGAUGUGAAAAAACUUCACUAUCAAAACAAAUUAAAUGAUCUACCUCUCUUUCAGCGGCAGCCUCACUUUUUAGGAUCUUGAGGGCCACGGGCUCUGAUGUGUUUAAAUUCACAGCCUUGGCAACUUUGCCAAAGCACCCUUCACCAAUGAAAUCCUUCAUGAGGUAGCGACAUGUGCUGCCUGACAAUAUGUCUAUUACUAUAUCACUCAGCAGUGGUCGCAGAUGGUAGCAGGUCCCCCAAUAGCAAUAUCACUGCUAUGUACAUUUGCAACUGGCAAUUUUCAUAGAGUGCUAUUCUAACUACAUGCUUGACUACGAGAGCUCUGGCUUCAAGCAUUACUGGGGCUGGAGCCAACGGCUCAGUUUGAUGCGGCUCUGGACCACCAUGGUCCUACGCCACACUAAUGUCCACUUCAGGCAAUUCUGGAGGGGAAAAGACCUCCCACAAGCCACUUCUUCUCUAUCAAACCCAUAGGCAUUAACGUAAACAGCUCUGGGGGGUUUUGGGACAUCCACAGAUCCAUCAUGACCAAGUGUUCAGCGUUUCUCUAACUUUACAGUGGCGAGCAGGGUCACAGGUAAGGCUAUUGGAAACAGGUUGAUCACUGUUUCCAUGCAGGGACAUCCCUUAUGUUUGAACAUGUGAAAACAAAACAAGCGAAAUUUCUAGAUGUCAGUAGCCCCUUAGAUUUUCAGUGUCCUACAUUAAAUGGGAAAUUUUGACAUGAUGUUGUUAAAGAAAAGGUUUUGUAGUUACUAAGAAAUACGUAUUCAUCCUCUGCAGCGCCAUGAAUUUCAGAGCAAAUUUUAUGGAAAUUAGGUUAGCAGUUGCUGUGUAGUAGUUUUAAUAUUUUGACCAAAGGGACAGCCUGAUGGACAGAGUGAAGUGCAGUCUGUUAAUGUUUUCAAAAGAUUGAAGAAUUGUGUAGCUAUGACAACUUGCUGUAAAUACUGUAAACAAAUCCGACCAACAAUUAGACAAUCACCGUCAAAUUAAUAGGCA